UUUGCAUCAGGAACAAACACUGGAGCUUUGUGGUUGUGCCCUCAUCAUGUCCUCUUUCAGAACCUUAUAAAGGAGCUGCUGUCCUCUGGCUUAAAAAAUGAACUGGACAAGCCUGGAGGUUCUGCUUGGUGGAGUGAGCCAAUACUCUACGGUUUUUGGGCGUGUCUGGCUCUCUAUGGUCUUCGUCUUCCGUUUUCUGGUGUUUGCGGUAGCUGCGCAGCCGGUGUGGGGGGACGAGGCCAAAGACUUUUUGUGCAACACAGCCCAACCAGGCUGCACAACAGUGUGUUACAACAGCAUUUUCCCCAUCUCUCACGUCCGCCUGUGGGCUCUGCAGCUGAUCUUUGUAACCUGCCCAUCUCUCUUGGUGGUGGCCCAUGUCAGGUAUAGAGAACAGAAGAAUGAGAAGUACAAGGCCUUACAUAAAGACGGCAAAGCCCUGUAUUCCAACCCUGGAAAGAAGCGUGGGGGUCUGUGGUACACCUACCUCCUCAGUCUGAUAUUCAAGGCAUCCUUUGAUUGCGCCUUCCUCUACGUCUUGUACCACAUCUACGGAUUUGACAUGCCCAGGCUGUCCAAGUGCAGCCUGUUUCCUUGUCCCAAUACAGUGGACUGCUUUAUCUCCCGUCCAACUGAGAAGAAGAUCUUCACUUACUUCAUGGUGGUCACUUCUUCUAUGUGCAUUUUCAUGUGCAUCUUAGAGAUGAUCUAUUUGGUGUGCAAGCGUGCACAUAAGCUAUACCGUGAGCACAAGGAGAGAGAGCUCUUGUAUUCUGCAGAACAGAAUGAGAUUAAUGUUGUUUCUCGAUCUAGAGCUAGGUAUAUCAGAGUGGACCCCACGGCUUCGUCCAACCAGAACCUCAGCAACAUCAAGAAAGAGGAGGCCACUGCUGAGAUGAGUGCUUCUGUUAUCUGAAAGUUCGGAUUUAACAUGACAGACCAUAAUUAAAGAUUAUAAAGUUAAGUUAAUUUUUAAAAAGACAAUACUCAUGCAGACGCAUGUGAGGAAUACCUAAUAACAGGAUUGUGUGACUGCUGCUCAAAAAGAGAUUUCUGUGAUCAAGGGUCCACCUCAUGCUGGCUAAGACCUCCGCAGUAGUCUCGGCUGUGCUGUUAGGCUAAUGUCUUUUUAUACAAAAAGAGCUUCAUCAUUUUUUGUUACAUAAAAUCUUCCAUGCAGUUUACCUCAGAAUGUAAGGUGAAGGCCCCUGCUUUCUUGCUAAAGGUACCUACUGCCCCCUGGUGCACACAUAAGAAAAUAAUAGAAAACAUUUUAAACAUUUUUCAGAAACAUGUUUAUAUAAUCCCUCUGGUGAUUUCUGAUUUCUGUGUUUAGCCAGAUAACUUAAACUGAAAUAAAGUCUAUACAGUAGCAAAAGACAUACGGUUUUAAAUUAUCUGACUGAAUGUGAAGUCCUGUUUUGUGUAACACCAAAUAGUAAACCAACAAAAUGCUAAAUUCACUCAAAAAUCCAGAAAAACAAUAUUUUUUUGGAAAAUGAUGGAAUUAUUGUGUUUAUUAUUCAGGACUGUAUGUUUACAAUAUAUACAAAUUUAAAUGCAUGUACAUAUGUAUGUUUUGUAAGAAAUUAAU